UGUUCCUAUUACUAUUGUGCUAUUACUGUGAAUAGGUUGUAAUGAUUUUCAGACAUGCCAUUCUCUAACCUGUUUCAUCCAUUUUGAAAGUGCAGGCUGCAAAAUGGCAACUGCUCUCUCGCAAUUGCUGCCUUUUUCUGAUGAGUCCUGUCUUCAGACUUCCGCAGCUCCACGAUGCAGCAGCUCCGCUGGCCAGCCAAUUAGAUUGCAGGAUGCACACUUGGUUGGUGGUACCUGUCAUUUUGGCAUCUGUCUCUCCUCUAUUGGCCUUUGAGAUGAUCUGUGAGCCACCCUUCCUUCAAAGGCCUGUUGCCCACCAUGUAUCACUUAGAUGCUUCUGGAAAUGUGAGAGUAAAUGUGCUGCUGAAAGAAUUAUCUGGUCAAAAGAUAACCGCAUACUUCAGGAACGUUCACCACUUGAAAACCAUUCACCAACAGUGAACGACCGAUUUCAAUUCAUAUACCAGAAUAUAGAAAAUGAAGAAGUUUCUCUGAACAUUGAAAAUCUUCAAUUGUCAGAUGAAGGAACCUACAAUUGUAUAGUUAUCACCAGUGAAGCCUAUCGUGAAGGGACUAUAAAUCUGCAAGUGUCAGAUCUUGUGAAUCCAGAUGAAAAACAGGAAACUAAUUUUAGGCUAACUGAAUUUGUUGUUCCAGCAGCAGCAGGCUUAGUUUUUGUCAUCGCUGUAGUCAUUGCACUCCGGAUGAAAAAGCCAGGAUGCAGUCACUGUCAAAAGAAAUUUCCAAACACUGGUUAUGGAGAAGAAUCUAAUGGCUCUUCAGGCUCAGAUUUGCUGAGUUAGAACUGAUAAAAAAAAAGUCUAUAAUAUAAUACAGAAAAAAGUAUGAAGAUGGCCACAACUCAGCCUCCAUGUAGGAGCCGGUCUCAAGCCUGGAGAAAUGGGGAGGGUCGGUGUCAAGAAAGGCACCCAACCAUAAAAGUUCUGACGGAACCUAUAAAACAUCAAACCCACAUAGAAGUGGGAAAAGAUGAAGAGGAAGAAUUGCGAAGCUAACCAUAUUCCUUCUCAGCCACACCAUUAUGACAUGCACUCCCAGGUCUGCAUAAAACUAGAAGAUUAAUCCAAAAGAGCAUCUGUCCAAGAGAUGUUUAUACUUGCUGUUACCAAGAACCAAGUAGUACAAGGUAUCAUGAGGCACAGCGGAGAGCUUCAAGUAAGUAUCUUGAAGAACUGGACAGAAGAAAAAGGAGGAAUGACCUUAGAGCUGCAGAUCAUUGAUUAUUAACAAAAACGAGAGAUAAAGGCUUAGUUUAUUCUGGAAUACUGGCAAAUUUCCCUGCCAGGUACUGUUGGUCAGGGUUUUCUACAGCCUGGCACAAAAGAGCCUAUAUUAUCAACUGUGCUCUCAAACAGGUGAGCAAAGUGUUGAUUAAUACACCAUGCAGGCUGGCCCUAUAAGAGCUGUGUUAUGGAAUGUUAUUAGAUUUGUAUAAUUUUAUCCAUCCCUUAAUUCCUCAGAAAACAUGGCCAUUUUAGUAGGUUCUGGGGUAAAAAUUUUAAAAAUUAAAACAAACCUCUGUGAUAACUUAUAUGCUUUUUAGUAUAUACACUAUGUCAGAUUUAAUUACUAUGUAAUCAUUAUAAAGAUUUAUUUUGUUUUAGGGAUUGUAAAGCAGUGAGUUAUGUACUUUUUUAUUUUGUGAGACUGUAGAUGGCCUCUUAAAGAUAGAUUAUGGAAAGUAACUCCAGUUAAGAAAAGCAUUCUAAAUAUCACAAGAUUUCAGUUAUCAUUUUUGUACAGUGUA